ACUCGAAAGCAAAGCACGUGUUUCUGAUUUAUGUGACGCGAGCUACUAGCCACCGGACUUCUUUGUGGAAAGUGUUUUUUUGGGCUGAGAAAAAAAGGCCUAAUGAGUCGAGGGCCCUGCGUGUUAAUGGCGAAUUAAUGACGGGCGAUUAAAAUGCAAUAGCCACGUGCAUAAGCCCCAUAAUGAGUUGAACCACCCCACCCAACGGACCCAGGCCGCAAAAAUACACAAAAGUUAAACUAGAGUGGAAACCGUGCGAUAAAUCAAGUAGCUCCUAUUUAGCGGCUCUGUAAGGGGCUUUAGAUCUUUUUCAAGUGAAAGGAGAAGAAUUUGUGCAAAACUCACACUGUGUAGCUAAAAAACCAGAAAAAGGGAAAACGUUUAAGUGAAAAAGAACACAAAAAAAGAAUAAAAUAAAAUAUAAAGUAAAAGUAAAAACCGUGCAGAGGAAACACUUUCAUUGGUCCCCAGGCAGAGCUUAGAACCGAGAGUUUUUCCCGGCACUAAUUUGACGGAAUCGUUAGUUGACCAACAAAGUCCUGUCCCCAGCAACCGUCUCACCCCCCACCACCGAGUGUUGGCGGAUCGCGUGCCGAGGAGUACAAGCGUAAUAACAAUAAAGUUGCCGGAUAACAACCACAGAUAUUGAGGAUACAGCAGCAGACACAGAAUGAGUGCGAUGUCCCUGCCAUCCAGAGCCAAUUUCGGAUUACUCAACUGGCUCAUCGGCUGGAUGCUGCUGCUGUCGAUGGUUCUGCUUCGAGGCUACACCGCUGCGAUUGCCCCGACGCCGCCCACGACAACGACCACCACAAUCUCGCCCUCGAAUCUGCUGCCCUACUUCGACUUUGAUGUGCCGCGCAACUUGACCGUAACCGUUGGCCAGACCGGCUUCCUCCACUGCCGUGUGGAGCGGCUCGGCGAUAAGGACGUCUCCUGGAUUCGCAAACGUGAUCUGCAUAUCCUCACCGCCGGCGGCACCACCUACACAUCCGAUCAGCGUUUCCAGGUUCUGCGACCCGAUGGCUCCGCCAAUUGGACUCUUCAAAUCAAGUAUCCCCAGCCCAGGGACUCGGGCGUCUACGAGUGCCAAAUCAACACGGAGCCCAAGAUGUCACUGUCCUACACCUUUAAUGUUGUGGAACUGAAAGCGGAAAUCUUUGGGCCUCCCGAUCUGAUGGUGAAAACGGGCAGCGACAUCAACCUAACCUGCAAAAUUAUGCAGGGUCCCCAUGAAUUGGGCAACAUAUUCUGGUACAAAGGCAGCGAACUGCUCGAUGGCAAGAGCGAGAACGAAAUCGACAGCUCCACGGCCCGGAUUCGCGUCGAGGAUGAUUGGACCGACGGCCUGACUUCAAGAUUAAAAAUCAAGCGCGCCAUGCCCGGCGAUACUGGCAACUACACCUGUGUGCCGACGGUGGCAAAAACGUCGAGCGUCUAUGUGCACGUAAUUAUUGGCGAACACCCGGCGGCCAUGCAACACAACUCGAGCAGCAACAGCAACAGCUUCUACUGCGGCAUCUGCUGCAUGCUGCUGAGCAUUGUCUCCUGCUGCCUGCAGCAUUUUUACCAGGCCGGGUGUGGAUACGUCCGCAGUUCUUCAAUGACGGCAUUGUGGCCUUCUCGGCGAACGGCGUUAACAGCCAUAAAAACACGCGUACCGGCGGCAGCAGCCCCGGCCAUUGCAUCAUCCGCAACAGCAACAGCAGGAGCUGCGGCAGCAACAUCCUCGCCGGCAACGUGCAACAUGCUGAGAGAACGCCCCGCGGCGGUACAGUGCAUGAGAUGAAGGAAUAAUCAGCACACAGAUGAGGCAGCAAACCACUAAGAUUGCACCAAAAAAAUAAGAGAUACAAAAUAACCAAAAAAUUUAAAAACACACACCCACACCAAACACUUUACAUAUUCAAGGUGAUUUAAGUUUUUUAUGCAUCGCAUUUGGGGGGUUCAGGCAUAGGUAUUUACGAUACUAUCUUCUAAGACGAAUGCACUUAGUGGAAGCAAAAGUAUAUUAUCCGAUAAGUAUUUAAUUAAAUAGCAAGGAAGGAGACAUAAGCUAGUUAAAUGUUCUCAAUGGUAACCUUUGAAUAAGACAAACUAUUAUGUAUUCUUUGCUAUAUGUUUUUGGAUCUUGUGUACUGGUUUUUGAACUUAUCGGACUAUUGAACUGAAUUUGGCAAGAGAACGAAAAGAUAAACAAUAUUGCGUGUUGAUCUCUAAAUAGAAAAUAUCCAUUGCACACCCAUAGCGAAUCUACUCACACACUGUCAUUACGAAAUAAGACUUACUAGCUAUAACUAAGCCUAAUAGCCCCAACCGAGACUACCAACCGAAUGAUUUGGAAACACUAGUAUUCCGAUUACCCACUUCAAUGCAAUCCUCCAACUGCCAAGGACCCGCACUCCACUAGACCAUUUCAUCAAAUUGUUGGAUAAAAAGUUGCUGUAAAUAAUUGCCAUUCGAGAGAAUAUUAUUCGCAAGUACUUCAAUCUCAAUGUAAGCUUUUCCGAUUGAAAGCGAUAAUUGUGUUGUGUUUGAGUAGAGAUAAUUGCUUUGCACAUUUACCAUUUAUCAGUUUUAGGCAUUAGCUACGAUUAGGUUAACAUGAUGAUAUAUGUACUUAUAGCCAAUAAGCCUAUAAUAAACUAUGAGAGCGGACUCUUCAUUUCAUCCAUCAGCGUUUGAAUAUUAUAGAAAAUCCUUGUUGAUGUCAGAUCCGAUUGGGGUCAGUCGCGUUUAAUGUAUAUAAUUAGUUUUGGCUAGAAAAUAAAACAAAAAAAAUUAUACAAAAAAACUUG